AUGCCGCCAACGCCCAAGUGGGAAGUGCCGGAACCGGAAGAUGCCGAGGCGAAACGACUCGUCAUGCAGGGCAGCCUGAAAACGGCCCAAUUUCUACGACGGGCCAGCGAGCUGAUGCGCGGUGGGCCUCCCAGUUUGGCGGCGCAUUUGGCGUUUGGUGCACGGCGAGCCUACGAUUCUGCUCAGGCCACUACCGACGUUCCGCUCAAAAUCAAGAAGAGCCUGAAAAGUGCAGAUCAUUGUGACUACUGCUGGUUCCCGUACGCCGCUUCGACUUCCAGCGCCUCAGAACCACAGCCACCAACCACCAGCUCCACGGCAACGAGGAAAUGUGCUGUCUGCAAGUCGAGCCGUUGGCGCAAACGGUCGAGCGUCAUGAAGACUCCAAAAGCGGCGGUUGCUACGGAGGAGUCAGUUGCGGCCAGCCCCGUCUUCGCUACGCCCGUCUUUACCCAACAAACACCAGGCAGCCAGCUGAGCUCGGUCUCCCGGUCGGUGGCCAAAAAGAAGAAGGCUUCUCGUCUGUCGCUGCUCGUCGCCGAAACGCCGAAAACGACCGACUCCUCCCUCGCCUCAUUCCUCAACGCUCUCGGA